AUGCCGAGCGCUGACCUCCUCCGGCCGUUCAGAAAGCCGCAAGACGACGACCACCACAACCCCGAACACACCGGCUCCGAUGCUUCUACUCCCCCACCCGCCCCUUCCACCCCUCAGCCCGACUUUAGCGACAAGCGACUGCCGCGCCUGGUGAAUAGCUACUUUCAGGUUCGUGACCCUCUGUGCUUUCGUAGCAAGAGCGCUGCAGACCCUGCAAACCCUGCACCCCAACACCACUCCCCACACCCCUCCCACCCUCCAUCGGAGCAGGAGCAGCCCGACCAGCGACCCAUCAUGGCAACCGACGACGAUGCGAGCCCCGCGCCCAUCUCGACAAUCCCACCGGCCGACCUUGCAAAAUCAACAACUCCGCCACCGCCUUCAUCUGACCGACAAGGCCGAGUGCUAACUCAAGGCGCCGAGCGCCACUCUCAGAAUACUCCUCCUCAAACUCCCCGUUCCGGCUCCCUCUCCCACCCACCUAGACAUGGCGAAGACAGCCCCUCUCACAUCCGGGCUGCGCAAAAGUCGAGUCGGUCCAGCUCGGGCGGAUCGAAUCGCGCAACGAUUGGGCAACUGAAGGGGCAGCUUGAAAUUUUCAUCGAAGAGGGCAGAGGCUUGAGGCCGAGUGUGGAGCCGUAUGUGGUGUGUAUAUUCCAGCUGAACGAAGACAUAUCGGCCGGCCCCAAGGAAGAUGAGAUGGAUACAUCAGGCCACGCAUACCACGGAGAGGAGAAUCUGGCCAAGGGAGUUGCAAUGAAGAGGCUGGGCAGUGGUCAAGGCACUCCAAUUUCCAUCCCCGGAUUGAAGAGCCGACAGAGCAGUCAAACGAACAUUGCAGACAUGAAGAGAGGCCAUAUGCGCCCCGACAACUCAGAGACGACCGACCCCGUCUGGAAGCAUACGGCGACUUUCGAUGUGGUGGGCGAGAAUAACGAGAUCGACAUUUCAGUAUACGAUCGCUCCAACAACGAAGCAUUCAUCGGCCACAUUCGCCUUCCCCUCGUCCUUGAUGACUACGAACAUCAGCAUGAAGAUUGGUACAAAUUGCAACCACGCGAGGGCGAGUCAGACCGAGUGACGGGCGAGAUUCGCAUGAAGAUUGCCUUCCACGCCACCGGCAAGAAGACGUUUGGCCCCGAUGAUUUCGAGAUUCUCAAACUGAUUGGCAAGGGUACUUUCGGCCAAGUGUUCCAGGUGCGGAAGCGCGACACCAAGCGCAUCUAUGCGAUGAAGGUCCUUUCGAAGAAGGUGAUUGUGCAAAAGAAGGAGAUUCAGCACACCAUCGGCGAGCGUAACAUUCUGGUUCGGACGGCAACGACUGAAUCCCCGUUCAUCGUCGGUUUGAAGUUUUCUUUCCAGACCGCCGCGGACCUCUAUCUCGUCACUGACUACAUGUCUGGAGGGGAGCUUUUCUGGCAUCUACAGAAGGAGGGUCGGUUCGUGGAGGCGCGCGCAAAGUUUUACAUUGCAGAGUUGAUCCUGGCUCUGCGACAUCUGCAUCAGCACGAUAUCGUCUACCGCGACCUGAAGCCUGAGAACAUCCUGCUUGACGCCAACGGACACAUUGCCCUGUGUGACUUUGGCUUGUCAAAGGCAAACCUGGCCAAGAACGACACAACCAACACCUUCUGCGGGACAACAGAAUACCUCGCGCCAGAAGUCCUGCUCGAUGAGCAAGGCUACACCAAGAUGGUCGAUUUCUGGUCGCUGGGCGUCCUUGUCUUCGAGAUGACCUGUGGGUGGUCCCCCUUCUACGCUGAGGACACACAGCAGAUGUAUAAGAACAUCGCCUUUGGCAAGGUGCGCUUCCCGCGAGACGCACUGUCUCAGGAAGGCCGCAACUUCGUUAAGGGUCUGCUCAACCGAAACCCCUCACACCGCCUGGGUGCGAAGGGCGACGCCGAAGAACUAAUGGCGCAUCCCUUCUUCGCCGACGUGGACUGGAUCGCCCUCAGCAAGAAGAUGACGCAACCUCCAUUCAAGCCGAAACUCAAGUCGGAACUUGACACGAGCAACUUCGAUCCCGAGUUCACCAAUGCCCUCACCGACGGCAAUAACUCGUCUCUCAACGCCCGCGCCGCGGCCCUCGCGAGCGGCAUUAACUCCGACAGCACCCCGCUGAGCCCCACGAUGCAGAACGCGUUCAAAGGCUUCACGUUCGUCGACGAGAGCUUGCUGGAGCAGCAGUACGGCGACCGCAACUCCCUCGCGAUGGACGGCAGCAACGACUCCAGUCGCAUCUCACGCACAUUCACCAAUAAAAGCGGAGAUCGGAUGAGUGGGAUUGAGGGGCCGCUGAAUGGAGCGGAUGGAGAGUUCAAUCACGGCAUGCUUGACGACAUAUAA